UGCUCUCUCUCUCUCUCUCUCUCUCGCGUUCUUCCCCCUCCGCAACACGGAGCGAGCGAGCGACAGAGAGAGAGGGAGAGAGAGCCACAGACCUCGUCAACGCCUUACAAAAAUGAGAGCGGCAAUGCCUGUCUCCCUCAAACAGCUUGCAAUCGCGUUCUUGCCGACGUGAAACUCUCGCCAUCCCCUCUCAGCGCAGCGCAGGGUCAUUUUAAAACUGCUCAACCCCUUCCUCUUCCCACCUCCCCCCACUCUGAACGCCGAGUCGGUUAUCGAGGUGAUCGGAGAGGAGUGCGUCCUGGUAUCCUUGAUAUGAGUUCUUGAUUCUCCACCCCCUUGUUGUCUUUAGCCAGGUCCAGUUUGCAAGCAUCAACCAUGACCGAAAUAAUGUCAGGACCACUCGACCAGUUUCCCAAAUCUGGUCUUGAUGGUUUCCAUGACGAAAAGCGCGACAGAAAAUCUGAUGCUGAGAUUUCUGAGGAUGAGAGGAGAACCAGGAUUGAGUCUCUAAAGAAGAAGGCAAUCAAUGCCUCCACAAAGUUCAGGCAUUCUUUGAUCAAAAGGGGUAGGAGAAGCAGCAAGGUCAUGUCUGUCGCCAUUGAGGAUGUGCGUGAUGCCGAAGAAAUGCAGGCUGUUGAUGCCUUCCGCCAGAUCCUUAUUCUGGAAGAGCUGCUUCCUUCUAGGCAUGAUGAUUAUCAUACGAUGCUCAGAUUUCUGAAGGCCAGGAAAUUUGACAUCGAGAAAACAAAGCAAAUGUGGGCAGAUAUGCUCCAAUGGAGGAAGGAAUUUGGAGCUGACACAAUCUUGGACGAUUUUGAUUUCAAGGAACUUAAUGAUGUAAUGGAAUACUACCCACAAGGUCAUCAUGGAGUAGAUAAGGAAGGCAGGCCAGUCUAUAUUGAAAGGUUGGGUCAAGUUGAUGCCAACAAGCUGAUGCAAGUCACAACCAUGGAUCGUUAUGUUAAAUACCAUGUGAAGGAGUUUGAGAGGAGCUUCGUUGUCAAGUUUCCAGCUUGCUCAAUUGCAGCAAAACGGCAUAUUGACCAGAGCACAACUAUUAUUGAUGUUCAAGGAGUGGGGUGUAAACAAUUCACCAAGGCUGCAAGAGAAUUAAUCAGCCGUAUUCAGAAAAUUGAUGGUGACAAUUAUCCUGAGACCUUGUGUCGCAUGUUCAUCAUUAAUGCAGGCUCAGGCUUUAGGCUGCUUUGGAACACUGUAAAGUCCUUUCUUGAUCCGAAGACCACUGCAAAAAUCCAUGUUCUAGGAAAUAAGUACCAAAGCAAAUUGCUUGAAGUGAUUGAUGCAAGUGAAUUGCCUGAGUUCCUUGGUGGCACUUGCAACUGUGAAGGAGGCUGUCUUCACUCAGAUAAAGGCCCAUGGAAGGAUCCUGAAAUCUUAAAGAUGGUUCAAAGUGGUGUGGGAAGCUGUGGAUCGCAACAUCUGGCUACUGGUACUGAGGAAAAGACGAUUUCCGAGGAUGAAGUAGUGUAUCCAAAGAAGCAAGACUCUUUCUGCAAGGAAACCAUCCUUGCUGUUGAUGACAUGUAUUCUGUUUCUCCCAAUAUCCUGAGAAGUGUUAUAGAGCACCCACAUAUGUCACCUGUUCGAGAAGAAGAAGACAGUUCAGACUUGCAGAAUUUAUAUGUGCAGACUGCUCCUGAGAAAUUCCCCACCCCCUAUUCCAAUGAUGAUUAUGUUCCAAUUGUGGACAAGGCUGUGGAUGCCAGCUCCAACAAAGUGCCAGAUGAAAAGCUUGCCAUCCCUAAUGGUUCUUAUGCUCUAUCUGGAACUUACAACGGUCCAGAUGGAUUCAGCAACCAGAUAGUGUCUGGAGUCAUGGCCUUUGUCAUGGGAAUUGUCACCAUGAUGCGUGUAGGUCGUGCCACGCCAAGGAAGAUUGCCAAUGCAGAUAUCAACGAUGCAAUCCCAAUGCUUAAAGGCCAAAUGCAUCAAAGCCAGCUGCCUGCACCAACUGUCUCAGCUGCUGAAUUCUCCUCUGUAUUGAAGCGCCUGGGUGAGCUUGAAGAGAAAGUGAGCGUUCUCAGCACGAAGCCUGCAGAGAUGGCACCUGAGAAGGAAGAGAUGUUGAAUGCUGCUGUGAUGCGUGUGGAUGCUUUGGAGGCAGAGCUUGCAGCAACAAAGAAGGCUCUGGAAGAUGCUCUGGUGCAACAGCAGGAGAUUCUUGCUUAUAUUGAUAAGAAAAAGAAAAGGAAGAACAAGCUUAAUCCAUUUUGCUGGUACUCAAGAGAUGGAAAGAAAAAGUCUGGUCGUCUGAAUUAAAGCUGUGCAUUUGAUCCAGGUGGAGAUUCUUGUCACCAUGUACAAUUUAUUUUGUUUUGGGCUUGCUAAACUGAUCCAAAGCUUGAGUUGACUGUAUAAAUCACGACUCCUCCGAUAUCACACAGUUGAACCGAGUGUUGCUUGUCAUUAACUACCUUGAAACUUAAUAAAGGGCAUCAUUUGCAUCUC